CUCAUUAAUAUUCUAGUCAAAGAUAAACAUUCGUUCGACUAUUACACCUGCUUAUAAAUUAUUUAAUUUACGCCUUAUAAUGGGUAAGAGAAUUGGCGCAUAUUCACGCCUGUAUCUAAAGGGGUAGGUAAUAUAAAUACGUACACUGUUUGAACAAUAUUUCCAUCUACGUUUUGAACAAAGCCUGUCGCCAAACACAAUUCCAAUCCUGAGCAACUCAUGUGAUAUCUCAAUUCUGGAAAUCAAUAUAAAUUGUAAGAAUGUUCUGAAUAGAGGAUUGGUCUCACCACCGAUAUAAACAAGGACUUAAUUAAUAUGUAAUGCACGUCAUGGUAUUUUCUGUUGAUAAGGCUUGUUUUUACCUCAAGACGACAUAUUGUAACUACGUAGAUGAGCAAGAUGCAAUAUUUGUUCUUUAUUUAAAAUGCAAUGACAUUCAAUAUUCUCAGAAUUCUUCAUUCUUUAUUCAAAUAACGUAUUUACGUAUCAGUCCAUUACUCCAAAACGAAAGGCCAUUGUCUAUAUAUAUUAUACAAAAACGAAAUUUCUGGAUUUAUAAAGCCUAAAUAUAAACCUUCAAUAUUAACAAGAUAAUUUCUCAGAUGUAGGUUUAUAAAGUAUUCCACCAGAACCAUCCACAACAAAGGUGAAUUCCAUAUCCAUAAAACCUUAGACGAAUAAGCUAGAAAAAAACUAUUAUUUGUAGACGAGUAAGUAAUCAAUCUUAUAUCAUUUAAGAUGUCGACAAUCCUCGUUACUGAUAAAUGUUAAUCAUUAAGCUAUCUCCUAUAAUACAAGAUUCUAAAAAAAUAAACCCUGAUUAAAGUCAUUAGGUAUAUUUUAGCUGAUAAAAAAACAAUCACUGUAACUCAAACAACAAUAAUAAAAUACAGCACAAUUACUGCAAUUUUGUAUUGAGUUUUAUAUAGAAGGUUGGUUUGAAUGGUCAAUAAAAUUGUGUAUCUAAGUAAAUUAUUCUUGAUAUUAUUAAUAAAUCAGCUUACGUUCUCAAUACAAUAGUUAUUCAUAAAUAUACUCUUUUUAAAAUGCAGUUCAAUUCUGAAAACUGUUAAUGAAAUACUACAUUGUUCCUAAAUGCUAUUUAUAGACUAGUAAUAGUCUACUUUUUAUCUCGACCAAUGAUUUCACAACAUAAUCCGUCUUAUUACAGAACGAGGUUUAACUAAAAACUUUGGUUUAAACCUAUACAAAGUACGGUUUAUAUAAAAAUGGUAUUACAAAAAGUGGUUUAACGAUAAACCAUGGACUAUUUGAUGGUCUAAUGCUAAACCUCGGCGCCCCUGGUUUGAUGAUGGUCUAAAUCGUAAAUGUCAAAUCAAAUUUCAAAUCAUUUGUCAGAUUGUGUCAGAUUAUCUCUUAAAUUAUCGUCUGUUUCGUUGUCUUGUGUUAUUUUUUACACGAAAAUGGAUAUUAACAUGGUAGAUUCAGUCGAUAUUGAGGAUAUAGAAGCCGUUGAGCUACUGGAAACGCCACGCCGACCUAAUAGAAAUCGUGUUCGAGUCAAUCCCUUCAUUGAUUUAUCUGAUGAAGAUUUCAGGCAAAAGUAUAGAUUUACUAAAUCUUUUGCAAUGAAAAUAGUAGAUUUAUUAAAGGACCCAUUAACUCGAGACACCCGUGGAUGCCCGGUGUCUCCCGAAAUCCAAGUGGUUUGCGCAUUGCGAAGCUGGGCUCGACAUGAGAUCCAAGAUGAUACAGCCGAUUUGCAUGGAGUCUCACAGCCCUUUAUAAGUAAAAUAUGCAAAAAAAUAGCAGGAGCCAUAGCCGGAAUAUCGCAUAGAUUUAUAAAAAUGCCUGCUACAUUGGCAGAACAAGAGGAAGCAAUGCGAAAAUUCCAUAGAAUUGCAAAUUUUCCUUCAGUAAUUGGUGCAAUUGACUGUACUCACAUAAGGGUAAAAAAAUUAUGUGAAGAUGGUGGUCAAAUAUAUAUCAAUCGCAAAGGAUUUCCAUCUAUUAAUGUCCAGGUAGCCUGCGAUGCAAAUUUAAAAAUAAUAGAUAUUGUUGCUAGGUGGCAUGGCAGUGUCCAUGACUCUCGAAUUUUUAGAGAAAGUCGACUAAAGCAGAGAUUUGAGGCUGGUGCCUUCUCAGGCAUUUUGCUUGGAGACAGUGGGUAUGCAUGUACACCGUAUUUGUUUACUCCCUUACUGAAUACCUCAACACCCCAAGAAGAACGGUACAAUAGUGCUCACAUUAACACCAGAAAUGCAGUGGAGAGAUGUUUUGGGUUGUGGAAGCAGAGGUUCCGUUGUUUAUUAAGAGGCCUUUACUGUGACAUUGAAACUGCAAGAAAAACUAUUGUAGCAUGUGCUGUAUUGCACAAUAUCGCAAUUGAUAUGAAGGAAGAUGUGUUUUCUAGUGGUCUCGAAGACGAAGUUAACAGGCAAUCUCACGCAGUUGUUUUGGCCGCAGAAAACAAUGUUCGCGGAAAUAUUAGAAGAAGGCAAUUUAUUGAAAGACACUUUUAAUUAAAAUAAUAUAUUUUUGUAAUAAGCUUGAAAUUAUAUUUUUUAUACCUGAAAAAGAAAAUGAUAUUAGACAUAACUAAUAUGUGUAUUACUGUGACACUUAUAUAAUCAUAGCAUUGAAAACUUAUAUAAUAGUGGUAUAUUAUUAUUCAUAUGUUACAUUUACCAUUUAA